AUGAAACCACCAACUCUCUUGGAAACUGCUGCCUUCGGUCUUUUCUACACUGGGACCAUUGCCGGCCCUCAAUUUACGCUCUCAAAGUUCCGAUCCUAUGUGAAUGGGGAUUGGUUAGAUGAGAACGGUCAGCCAAGGCAGUCAGCUUUGAUGCCAUCGUUGGGACGUUUCAUCGGUGGUUGCACAUACAUGGUACUGAACCAGUGGGGAGCUGUAUGGAUUCCAGACACUUUCUUCAAUUCGGAAAAAUUCUUUAACAUGUCUUUCCCGAUGCGGUGGACGUGGACGAUGAUAUGGUUCAGGCUGACGAUGUAUCGCUACUGUGCUAUUUGGCUCAUAAUUGAAGGCGCUGCCAUCCUUAAUGGUCUCGGGUAUAAUGGCAAGGAUAAAGAGGGAAAUGACAGCCACAUAUUCCGUCGACUGCGAUGGCUCAACAGCAAACCUGGCGCUCAUCUUGUCACAUUGGGCUACCUGGCGAUUUGGCAUGGAUAUCACCUUGGCUACUUCCUUUUGUUCUUCUUUGAAUUCGGAUGUGUGAUGGCUCAAGAACAACUGUAUGCCCUGAUUGAUCGUACUCCUGGAUGGGCUGAGUUCAAUGCAAAGCCGGCCGUUAGGCCGUUCGUCUGGCUUUUCGGUCGACUAACCGUUAUGUACAGCAUGGGAUUCGGUUUCCUAUGCUUCGGACUUGUGAAGACGAAAUAUUGGAUAGGGCCAAUCAAGUCGCUAUACUUCGUUGGUUUCGUGAUCUUCUUUAUCAUUUGGCCGAUUGUUCAUUAUAUCUUGAAGCAAACGUUGCCAAGAAAACCAAAGGCUGGCCAAGAAACCAGUGUUCCGGCAAAUGGAGUAUCGAAGAAAGAAUUGUAG